AUGAACGUGACUGCCGAAGAUCAGGAGCUAAUCCAAGAAGCGUUCCAAUAUUACGACAAAACUGGCGACAACAAGAUCAACUUUUCUCAGGUAACCACUUAAUAAUCAAGUCUAAUAUGUUUUAAUCCAGAAUGUGUAUUUGAGCCAAUUUUCAUCAAAUACUUGAAUACAACCAUUGUAAAAUAGUACUUGAAGUAAACACAGCUUAUAUUACACUGUAAAGCAAAAAACAUCGAGAUUAAGACAAGAUUAGCAUAAAUUUAACAAAUUUUUUGAAUUUUUAAUGCAAAAAAGGUCAAAAAAACAUACGUUAGGUCAACCUGCCAUUUUCGACAUCCAGCGCGCAUUGUUUUGACAUCUUUUUAUUUCCAAAUUUCUUGAAAUUUCAACUGUUUCUAUGAAAAAAUUUAUAUCUUAUUUUCGACGGAAGAGUUGGCCCACUUUACCUUACCGGAAAACUUGACUCAAAUAAACAUCUCAAUUUUUUCCAAAAAAUGAUUUCCCGCUUCAUCAUUUAUAUGUUUCCGCAGAACACAUGUUCUCCGUACCCUCUGAACUAUGAAAUCUGUCAUCGUAAAAUGUCAGUUUAGGUUGGUAUUUGCUUGAGAUCUUUGGGAUGUGUCCCAACGGAAAAACAGCUAGCUCAAUAUACAAAACAAUGGGCCUCGAAAGGUAGGGCUGUUUGUUUGUUGUAUCUUAUAAUCGUAUGUUAUUCAAACAAACAAUAGCCAUCUUAUUGUAGACAUCGCCAUUGAGGAGUUCAUCCCUAUCUUUGGAGCUCUGAAGAAGCAGACGACUCCAGCUGACAGAGAUCGCAUGAUGGCCUGUCUCUCGAACUUUGACCGGGAUCAGGAAGGCUAUGUUCAGCAAGCGGACCUGAGACAUCUCCUCGAGAAUCUAGGUACUACAUAAAAGGGUUUGGAAGGACUAAUUAGAGUUACUCAGGCUAAAGCAAUAAUUUAGGGGAAAAGCUGAGCUCGGAAGAAGUUGACGACCUUUUAGUCCAAAUCGAGUUCGUGAAUGGCCGUGCCAGAAUCCCUGACGUUGUGGAUGUUAUCAUGUUGAUCAAAUAA